AUGUAUUUGCAAGGUUCUGUGGUCAAAACUGUUGAGAGUUUCAAAUACCUGGGCAGCAUAAUAUCAAACGACGGCACUAUCGACGCGGACAUUAUACACCGCAAAAACACGGGCUGGCAGAAGUGGAGGGACCUCGCGGGUGUGAUUUGCGAUCAAAGAAUGCCAAUAGGUGUCAAAGACAAAAUCUAUAAAACAGCUUUCAGGCCAGCUCUGAUAUAUGGUGCCGAAUGUUGGUCGCUCAAGAAGCAACAAUCGGAUAAAUUACACGUAGCCGAAAUGAGAAUGCUCAGGUGGUCGGCUUGGGUCACCCUGUUAGACAAAGUGCCGAACCAUUACAUAAGAGGAACCUUCAAAGUAAGGCGCAUACAGGACAAAUUAGCAGAAACCAGACUAUGGUACGGCCACGUCAUGAGGCGACAGGAGGACCACAUGACAAGAAAAGUGCUUAAUGCCAAUCUAGAUCCAAGAAAGAGCGGAAGACACCGACUCACAUGGAUAGCUACCAUCAAAAAGACCUAA